UUGUGUGCCACGGCUGCAGUAGCGGCCACGACGCGCUCCGUGAUACGCUGCAUCCACUCCAUAUAGACCCCGUGUAACAAAACCCGCACAAUCCUCUAGUCUGCAGAGCAAACCGGACAAGACAUGCCCUCCAAGAACAAAAACAAGAGCGACAAGCCCGCUGUUAACCCUCAGGAUGACACGGCGAAGAAAAUCCCCAAAGUCAGUAAAGCAGACAGUUCUGCAAACUCCAGAUCUGGCUCAGGAAAGCUGACCAAACUUCUGUCUGCAGUGUCUUACUUGGUUUUAGUAUCCGGAGCCGCUUUCGCCUCUUUCUACCUGCAAAGAGUGCUGACUGAAGUCAACCAGAUCCGCUCAGAAAGUGAAGAAGCCCUGCAGAAAAACUCCGAGGUGCUGCAGAAAGUAGAAAAUGCGCUCCAACAGGUGAAUUCUAUGAAGCUUUCUCUGGGGGGUCUGGAGGCUGCAGUGGGACGUACUCAGGCGGAACUAGAAGGCACUAAUCGAGCCAUAAUAAAGGGAGAAACAGAAACACGACGGGUUGAGGAAGUGCUCCAGAAACUCCAGAAUGAAAUCCUUCGUGACCUCUCUGAGGGCAUCCGGGAAGUGAAACAGGCACGGGAGCAUGAUUUCUCCUCCCUGGAGAAAACCCUGGAGGUGCGCCUGGCUGAACUAAGCCGCUCUAUCGCUGACAGUGUAGCCGAGUUCACUGGCGCUCAGGAAGAAGCUCAAGCACAGCUCAGUAAACUAAAAAUCAAACUGGAAGAACACAAUGAACCUGGUAAUCUCAAAGAUGAGCUUUUGUCCAUUACCACUGCUGUGGCUGGCCUCCACACUGCAAACGAGGUGGCAGAGGGCAACAUUGGUGUUCUCAGAGAACAGAUUGUGUCAGUCAGUUCAGAGCUGCAGACGAGGAACAAGGAGGUGGCCUCCUUGUCUGAGGAAAUUGAGUCACUUAGGUCUCUAGUUCAGACCACUGCUGGGUCAUUGAGGAAGGAGGUUUCAGAAUCACAGCCCAUUGUGCAGGUCAUGUCUGACCAGAUCCAGAGUGCAGUGGAUGAGCAGCUUCGCACCAACCAGGCCCUGCAGAGCCUCCAGACAGACCUGAGAGGAGAACUGUCUAAAACAGAGACAAGGGCAGAUGACAUGGAGGCCAGGCUGAAGGCCACAGAAGAAAGUUUAGAAGCAUUGGCAAACUCCGCCACAGAGCAGGCAAGCCGACUUGCGGCUUUUCUCUCCAAAUAUGAUUCUCAUGAGAGCUCAUUAGCUGCCCAGAGCCAGGUAGCCGAGAAGACGAGGCAGGCAUUCAAAGAAGAGCUGGGGGGAUUAAGAAGUAGCCUUGGGGAGCUCCAGGCCAGCAUAGAAGCUUUGGCUGACACUAAUACCAGGCUAGAAGAAAGGAUAGAUGAAGUUGUAGAAGAGAAAACAGCAGAAGAGGUAGCCAUGGAAGAAACAGUCACAGAGGAGGCAGUGGAGGAGGUAGUUGAGGAAGAGGAAGCAGCUGAGGAGGUAGUUGAGGAAGAGGCAACAGCAGAGGCGGUAGUUGAGGAAGAGGCAACAGCAGAGGAGGUAGUUGAGGAAGACUCACUAACAGAAGAGAUAUCUCAGGAGAAUAUUGGAGAUGAGGAAGUGCCACUUGAGGAGAAGGAAAACAUGCAGUGAGUAAUGCAAUCUAUAGUCGAAACCUGUAGGGGGUAAAAUAAGAUAUAGGAAAAGGACAGUCGAUGACUGUAAUUCUGUGAAUCUGAAAAAUAUACUUCCUGCACUGUUGUUCUUCUUGUAUUUUUUUCCACGAACUUAUUUUCAUACGGACGUCUUCCAAUCCCAGCUGCUCUGAAUGUUUUGAAUGUGUCAUGAGUGUUCAGUUUUCCAGUAAAAUAUUUAAAACCUAAA